AUGGGAAAGGCGGAGGCAUCUCGAGUGGUGAGAGCCUGGGUCUUCUUGCGGCUUGUGCGGUUUGGGUGGCACUGCUGGCGUGCCAAUCUGGCCACACUAGCUUCCAAGGUUCGAUCUUCAUGCUGCGGAUUGCGGUCAUGUUGCGGGCAAGUGCUUCCACAGCGACGCAGUAGCAAAAGAAGUGCGCAGUGCUGUCGCUGUCAGCUGCUUCUGACAUGCCACAGUCUUUUUUGCAUCCUCUGGCAGCCUUUCACAGCGCUACUGGUUCCACCACCAUUGCAGAAGGAGGAGCUCUACCGAUGGGACGAAACUGACCCAGGAGCUGGUUGCCCCAUACUGCCCGAUGCCCGGAAGCACUUCUUGGUCCAGGUCACGAUCUGUGUUGCCCCAAAUUUCGAGACUUGUAGCUUCAAGCAGUUUUGCAGGGUGAGCUCCCAUGGCUGCCUCCCUUCCCUGCCCACCAUGCCAACUGCCCUGUUGAAACUGUGGCGCACGUAUGGGUUCACACCAGCAGACCUCUUCAUCACCUACAAGGAGAAACCUUUCGGCUGGCUGCGCGCAUCCUUGCUGUACAUUCUGAGCCUGCCCUCGCAUUUUCUCAAGACCUUUGACUGGAACGGAAUCCGACGGGUAUGGUAUGGACCAAAAUCAGAGGAGGAUGCGGUGCGGAGGUUUGGCGUGACUUCUAUGGUUGUCAUCAACUACAUGAUCUAUCGUCGGAGCAACAUCAUCAUGACGGUUGUGUUCUUGGGGCUGUUCAUUGUGCUGUCACUGGCAGACUUUCACUCCAAGAGCCAGAGCCAGCGGGAGCAGCUGGAGUGGGGUGUAGAUCUCCAAAGCUACGAGGGCUAUGUCAAGGACCAGCUUGCCCUGGGGGAGAAUGCCACCUUCCUAUCAUACUCCCAGGAGGUCAUGACUCGAGCCUUCUCUGCUGUUGAGAUGCAAAGCGCUGGCCUAGCUGCGUGGAAGGCUAUCAUCAAGAUGCUUUUCCUUUGUACAUCGAUGGCUUACAGCUUUUUCGCGAUGCGGCAUUGGAAUUUUCUGCGAACGUCACAGUACUAUCUGUACUUCGCCUUCGCUGCCAUCAUCACCUUUCCCUUCCUGAUAACUUUUGUGCCGACAGCAGACUUGCUGGACUGGACCCUGUCUGAAAAGAUCUUCCAGAACCACCUCGAAGAGGCGCGGAAGUACUUCCAUGCUGAUGAAAUAGUCGCAUCGUGCAUGCUGAACGAUCCCCUUGAGACCUUUGAAGUGGCUCGUCCUGUGAUCGAGGCAGUGUGCCCCGUUCUUCAGCAACGUGUGCCGUACGUGAUGCCAGGCGUUGUCAGGGUGAAGGUGCUCGGCCAGCCUGUGUCCGUUACCAUCAAGAGUUGGUUGCCGUGGCUGGCGGACAUGGUGCCGGAAGGUACGAACUUGAAGCCGAUCCAUCGAGUCUGUGACCAGUCUAUGAAUCUUGUGGACAGCAAUGUAACAGCAGAUCUGGCGGCAACGGCAUCAGAUGUCUGCAAAAGCCUCGCGACCUUUCUCUACAAGAACGUGCCGCCGGAGGCAAGUACGGCACUGACCGAGCUCAGAGAGGCUCUGCGGCAAAACCAGCAGGACAAGGAGUCCACAGAACAGGCCGUGUACCAGCUGCACUUUGUGGACAAGGUGGAGGGCCUCGAAGCUGUUCCCCUGCGACUAUUCAGUCGAGCAGCGGACAACCGCUUGGACGGUCUUCUGGUUCGACCAGGGGGUGACCCAUCAGGCUGCGGGCAAUUCUUGACUCCGCCAUCCGUUUAUCCUGAGGAUGCAGUCCUCGUGGUUGGUCCUUUGGAGCGUGGAGGUCGAGGCGCGUGCAACGUUCGCCACAUCUUGCAGAAUGCAGACAAGGUUGGUGCACGGGCAGUCGUACUUAUUGAUCCGAAGCGCACAGUGCGCACUCUUCCAUCUGCUCCGAGGGUGACAGUUGGUGUGAUUGCCUACGAUCUCGACGGUCAGGCCAUCCUGUAUGCUGUUGAGAAGCAACAUCAGAAGGCCAUCAGAGUUGUCAUUCGGUUUUCGCCCGUGUUUGGUCUGCAGCGUGCCUCACGAACGUCUGCAGGCUGCCUAUGCAAAGGCAUGGGCUACGACUCCGACUGCAGGGUCCGACCUGCUGACCUCCUCACGUCAGGCUCUGGAGGCAGGAGCCCAUACCCGUGGUGUGAAACAGCCGAGUUCGAUUAUUGGGGCGCGCUCUGCAAGAAGGACUUCGACCUCUGUGUUCCCCCUGGCGAGGGAGAGGCCUUCGAGCGCCCGGGCGCAGGAUGCAAAACCUCAUGUGGGCGUCACGGGGACUCUCUGCACGAUUACUGCUACGUCAAGGGCUCAUGGAUACAGGUCCAACGCUGUGUUGCUGCGCUGGGGGUGUCCGGCCGGGUGGAACGGCCGGGUGAGCAGCCAGAAGACUUCGAAGGCAGCAUCUUGAACUUUGCCGGCGCGAUGAGCAGAUUCAAAGCUAGUGGCAGGCUCCUGACUCUUACCCCGUCCUUCUUGUGCGUCUUUCGCGUGGCCACGGCAUCACCAAGUGGCGGGAAGACCAGCGGCCAGGUGCACUACAGCUCGACGGCUUCGUCUGAGCUCGAUUGGCAGCACGUGGCCGACGUCAAUGAAGAGUUUAUCACUCCGGACUCUGUCACGGAGAUACACUUCGAGGUGGCUGUCGAAGGUGUUGCUUCGAAGCACUUCGAUGCUGUUCGACUGGAACAGCGGUGCGGAACACGUGGCUCAGGUCAGCUUGGCAACUGGUCCUUGGUGCCCCAUGGGCAGCUCAGGAUUCCAACCUUGCACAGCGCAGCUCCAAACGUCGACCGGCGCCUUCGAGCCAGUUUGUCCGCUCCAGCUGGUGACGACGAAGGUGGUGAUGGUGACGGAGACGGUAAAGUGAAGCUGUCGACUUGCAGCGAGUUUGUGGGCAUCCCAUGCAUUGACCCUGGCAAAUCUUUGCUGGCUCGAUGCUCUGACAACCAGGUCUGUGAUUCCAACUUUACAGCUGGCGGAGGCUUCUGUCGGUGUGCUGAUGGGUUCUGCUGGAGCUAUAUAAAGCAGGGAUGUGUCGAUCAGUCGGAACACGCUCGAGAGUUAGUCUCCAAGCUGCUGGAUGAAACCAUGCUGGAACGACACUCCCCGAAGCUCUGGGCAACUGCCAAAGAGAUUGCCACGGCGGGCUUUUGCGCCAUGGAAGCUGCUGAAAGCUUGAACAACAUCUUGCGCCAUGUUCUUGCCAUCGGGCCUGGUAUUCUGAUCUCAGCGUGGACGGCGAAGCUGAUCUUCGUGCAUUCCACGGUCCCAGGCUACUUCUCCUACUUUUUCACGAUGGUCUACAGCCCUGGGGCUUGGGUGCUGAACAAUGUGUUCCAUCAGACGGCGGCUGACUGGAGACUGUCCCUGGGCUUGGCAGCGAUGGCAUUCUGGACCAUCCCUGUCUCCUUGACCGGGAUGAAGUACGGAUUGCAUCGCCCAAUGUCUGUUGCAAGGGCCAUGAGUUUGGUGAACAACCUGCUGCUACUGUACUACUUCAUUCUCUUCGCGGGGGUCGUGUUCAUUGUGAUGUUCGUCAUGGGUUCCGAGACGGAGGGUGACGAGUACUUCAGUGUGCGUGCCACAUUUCGCCGCCAGCUUCGCCCAGGAAAGCUUAGCAAGGGGCAGCUGUUUUACCACAUCUUGGGGUUGCUUACCGAAUCCUUCGCCGUGUUUUUCAUCACAUGCUGUGCGGCCACGGAUGCCUUCAUCAUGGUCAUUACAAAGGAGCAUGAAGCAGCUUGGUCCCUGGUUACGAGAGGCAGCCAAGCCCAAGCGUCACUUCCGCAGGCAAGCGCUGAAGAAGAACAGUACGCCAUAGAGGAGAGAGUCACUCGAGAUUGGCUUCUGCUUAUGAAAGAGUUCUCCGAGCAAGGUGAGGGUGCUCGGAGACUCACGACCCGUCUCCUCCGCGACGACGAAAGGUCAUCUGGUGGAGCAGAUGAGGCCGUGGAGCUCACAGACAUGGUGCGUUUGAGGCAGGCAGAGAUGGAACAGCCGUCGCUGCUAGCAGGCCAUGUCCAAGAAUCGAUGGAUUAG